AUGGGUAAUUUGUGUAAGAAAGAAUAAAAUGCGAAUUGUUUUGAUCAAUCUUCUAUCUAUUUUGAACCAAGAAGUGGAAUUUACAUUAAAGAAAACAUAAUUGACAAAUAUUUAUUCAACCGAUAACAAUCACUCUUAAUGCCUAGUGUAAGUAGAUUGAUAAUCAAAGAAGAAUUAGGAAAAGAGACUGAAAUACAAAAAAUCAGAGAAAGUGGUCAUAAAAACAGUAGGUUUACUUAGUGCACAUCUAACUAAAACCUAGGGGAAAGCAGUAUUAAUCAUAACACAAUUUAAUUGAUUAAUGUAAGUUCUGAGAGAUAUCUCCAUUCUCAUAGGAUACGGCAUCAAAAUUCUCGAUUGAAUGAAGUUCUAUGUUGCUAGGAUUGUCAUAAUGAAUAUGAUACUUGGGUUUUUGAAAACAUUAAUGAAAAUGUAGUUAAAUUAUAUCAUCCUUUAACUAAAUACUAUUUGAAAGCCUAAAAAAGAAGUAAUAAUGGGUAGAUUGAAGUUGGAGGAAGCGACGAAGGUGAUGAAUGGAGCAUAGAGAAAAUAAGUGAUAAUAUAAAAAUUAAACACUAAAACACUGGGUACUAUUUACAAACUCAUGUAAAUUAGUGUAAUCUUGAAGGCCAAUUAAAAGUCUCAUUAUAAUAGAUAGAUUGUGGCAAGCCAAAUGACAAUCAAACACUUUGGAAAAUAAUUGAAAUUUGAUAACAAAUAAAUUUAGUUUUAUAUAAUGUUUAAAA